AUGGUCCUCGCAAACACGCUCAGCGCAUGGAAGGCCCUCCAGGCCCACCACGACCAACAGGCCGACAAGAUCAACAUGAAGCACCUCUUUGCCCAGAACCCUGCGCGCUUCCAAGAGUUCUCGCGCCACUUCGAGGGUCCCACUACGCAGUCGUCGAUUCUCCUCGACUUCUCCAAGAAUAUCAUUACCCAGGACACCUUCAAGCACCUCAUCGACCUCGCCAAGGAGGCCGGCGUCGAGGAAAUGCGCGCCAAGAUGUUCGCGGGCGAAAACAUCAACUUUACUGAGAACCGCUCCGUCCUCCACGUCGCCCUCCGCAACGUCUCCAACACCCCCAUCUACUCUGAGGGCAAGAACGUCGUUCCCGAGGUCAACGCCGUCCUUGAGCAUAUGAAGGCUUUUACUGAGGAGGUCCGUUCCGGCGCCUGGAAGGGUUAUACUGGCCAGAAGAUUGAGGACAUUGUCAACAUUGGUAUCGGUGGAUCGGAUCUUGGCCCCGUCAUGGUCACCGAGGCCUUGAAGCCCUAUGCCACUGAGGGUGGUCUCAAGGUCCACUUUGUCUCGAACAUUGAUGGUACUCACAUUGCCGAGGUCCUCAAGAAGGUCAAGCCCGAGUCGACGAUCUUCAUCAUCGCCUCCAAGACCUUCACCACCCAGGAGACCAUCACCAACGCCACCACCGCCAAGACCUGGUUCCUCGAGCACGCCAAGGAGCAAGCACAUGUUGCUAAGCACUUCGUUGCGUUGUCGACAAACACCGAGGCCGUGACAAAGUUCGGUAUCGAUGCCGCCAACAUGUUCCAGUUCUGGGACUGGGUCGGAGGCCGUUACUCGCUCUGGUCCGCCAUCGGUCUUUCCAUCGCCCUCUACAUCGGAUUUGACAACUUCCACGAGCUUCUGACCGGCGCUCACGAGAUGGACCAGCACUUUGUCAACACUCCCCUCGACCAGAACUUGCCCGUCAUCCUUGCCGUCCUCGGCAUCUGGUACAUCAACUUUUUCGAUGCCCAGGUCCACGCCAUCCUCCCCUAUGACCAGUACAUGCACCGCUUCCCCGCCUACUUCCAGCAGGGCGACAUGGAGUCCAACGGCAAGUACAGGAACAGAGACGGUGAGGCUGUCCCUUACGGAACUGGCCCCUGGGUCGUCGGUGAGCCCGGCACCAACGGUCAGCACGCCUUUUACCAACUGAUCCACCAGGGAACUCGCAUCACCCCCUGCGAUUUCCUCGCCCCCGUUGAGACCCACAACCCUCUGCCAGAGCACCAUGAUAUUCUGUUGUCCAACUUUUUUGCUCAGACUGAGGCGUUGAUGGCUGGCAAGAACAAGGAGACAGUGUUGAAGGAGCUUCAUGGAGACAAGUCGUUGUCGGCUGCGCAGGUCGAUCAGAUUGCGCCCCACAAGGUGUUCCGUGGCAACAAGCCCACCAACUCGAUCAUGUUCCAGAAGUUGACCCCCGGUACCCUUGGUGGUUUGAUUGCAAUGUACGAGCACAAGAUCUUUGUCCAGGGAGUCAUCUGGGAUAUCAACUCGUUCGACCAGUGGGGAGUUGAGUUGGGCAAGCAGCUCGCCAAGAAGAUUCUCCCCGAGUUGGUUUCUGGAGGUGAGGUCUCGAGCCACGAUGCCUCCACCAACGGCCUCAUCAACUUUUACAAGCAGCACAAGAAGGCUUAA